AUGGAGGACAGGAGCGGAAGGGCAGGCAGGGUGACUUAUAAGAAGAAUGCCAUGGACGACUUUUUUUUUUUUCAUUCACUUCCCUUUCCCAAGACAGAAGGAGACAGAGCGGAACGUCCAAGAACAGGACCAAGAGACCGGUUGGUCUUGUCUUGUCGUCGUCCCAGAACGACUGCAGCGGAAGGGAAGGGGGGAGGGGGGGGGGAUAGAGUAGUUCUGGUUCUGGUCUGCUUUUUCGCCGCCAAGACGCCCAGCUGCCGAGCCCUUGGCAUGGGCAACGUCAAGAGAGUGUCACGGCCAACACCAUGGCGUGCGAGGUCCCAAGGAUUUCUCGAAGGGAGCUUGAAGAAGGGAAAAGGAGCUACCGGAAGGGACAGGAUGGGAGUAGCGGGGAGAGAGGAAUCGGGAGUCGGGGCUCCACCCUCUCUUCUACUUCCAGGUUAUCUCUCCAUCUUUCCAUCUCAUCUCCCUCCCCCUCGGUGGGAAGGAGGAAGAGAGUAUUUCCCUGCCUCGUCUUCGUCUGGAAUUUCAAGCCCCGUCACCACCGUGUGCAGAGCAAUGUUACCGUAUCUGUACCGCGUGCCAAGAUGCCAAGCCCCUGCGGGGAUUUUGGUGGACGAGCAACGGUCCUUGAUUGGAUGGUGGCAUUGCGAGCGUGUCCGUGAUCCGCAUUCGGAGGUUGGCUGGUCGGCUUGGCGGUAUUACGACCAGAUCACAUCUAGCAUAGCGCUGACCGCAGCCAAAUACCCCCCCAACUAA